GGAAGAGGCGCGGCUAGCGCGGUGGCGGCCUCCGUGCGGCGGGGAUGGCGGCGCCGCGUUCCGGGGAGCGGCGGUGGCGGCCUGAGGCCGUCCUGCUCCGGCUGCUGGCGGUGCUGCUGUUGGCGGGCGCGGCGGGCGCCGGGCAGCGUUCCAAAUGGCGGCUGCCGGUGCUCAUGGGGAAGAAGUUUAACUUUGGAAAGAUUCUCUUCAACAAUACCACCAUUUUCCUGAGAUUUGAAGGGGAUGAAAAAGCUUGUGAUCCCUCCCAAAGUUACAAUGUUACUUGGUACUUAAGAUAUUCUGAUUGCUACAAUGAAGUCUUCAACUUUGGGGAUGAACAGGCAGAGUACUAUUUUGGGGCUACAUCUGAAGAGCAUCCGGGUUGGUCAGGAUACUAUGCCACUUCUUCUCUCUUUCCAAAUUGCUCUGAGCUAUUCAGGCCUCAGAUUUUCUACAAAGAAUUUGUUCAUCCAGAGCCUCUCUCACCUGAGAAACAAGAGGGCUUAAAAGAUAAGAAGGAGAGUGGAGGAAAUCACACAAUGGUGGCUGCAAUGAAUGCUGUUAUCAAAACUUGGCGAGAUGGGCCAUAUAUAUUUAUUGUGCAAAUUGGAAUUACAAAUACCAGAAAUAAAAAAGUGGAGAAGACAACACCUUCCUCGUAUCAAAAUAAACCCUUUACAAUGACAGUAGAACUGAAGGGGCCAUAUGAGUACCUCUCACUUGCAGAUUAUCCUCUGAUGAUUUUUUUCAUGGUGAUGUGCAUUGUGUACGUAUUCUUCGGGGUUCUAUGGCUUGCAUGGUCAGCCUGCUACUGGAGGGAUCUCCUGAGGAUCCAGUUCUGGAUUGGUGCUGUUAUAUUCCUGGGAAUGCUGGAGAAAGCAGUGUUCUAUGCAGAGUUCCAGAAUAUCCGCUACACAGGAGAAUCUGUACAAGGAGCAGUAAUACUGGCAGAACUACUUUCCGCUGUGAAGCGCUCACUGGCUCGAACUCUGGUCAUCAUAGUCAGUCUGGGAUAUGGGAUAGUCAAGCCUCGCCUUGGAGUUACUCUUCACAAAGUAGUUAUGGCUGGAGCCCUUUAUCUAUUAUUUUCUGGAAUGGAAGGUGUUCUCAGAGUCACAGGGUUUUUCUAUGACACUGUGGCUCUGAUAGCAAACUUGGCCCUGUCCAUGAUUGAUGCCUGUAUUAUUUUGUGGAUAUUCAUCAGCUUAACUCAAACAAUGAAACUGCUAAAACUUAGAAGGAAUGUGGUGAAACUCUCUUUGUAUCGGCACUUCACCAACACACUCAUCUUGGCAGUAGCAGCAUCUAUUGUAUUUAUCAUCUGGACCACCAUGAAGUUCAGGCUGGUGGACUGUCAGUCGGACUGGCAGGAGCUAUGGGUGGAUGAUGCCAUCUGGCGUUUAUUGUUUUCAAUGAUCCUUUUCGUCAUCAUGAUUCUGUGGAGACCAUCUGCUAACAACCAAAGGUUUGCUUUCUCACCCCUGUCUGAAGAGGAGGAUGAUGAUGAGCAGAAAGAGCCAAUGUUAAAGGAAAGCUUUGAGGGCAUGAAAAUGAGGAGUACAAAGCAAGAACCAAAUGGGAAUGUAAAAGCAAAUAAAGCUCAGGAGGAUGACCUGAAGUGGGUAGAGGAGAAUGUUCCUUCAUCAGUGACAGAUGUCGCUCUCCCAGCUCUUCUGGAUUCAGAUGAGGAAAGGAUGAUUACACACUUUGAAAGGUCCAAAAUGGAAUGAAGGAGUAGCUUAUUGCUAUUGGAAGUGGAGAUGCCUCUUUUAAAGAUGCUUGGUGGAGCAAGUGCAUCCUGCUGAUUUGUUUCUUGAUCUCAGCCUUGGAAGUUUGAUGCUUUAUUGUCAUGAGGGUGUCUUGCUGUGGAAGAAGUUCACAAGGACAUUAUAAACCUUUUGGAAAUCGGAAUUUACAAAGUUGCUGCAAGUUUGGAUUUUUAAGCAAUUUAAAUGUGUACUAUUCCAGCACCUUCUGUAACUUUUUUCAAAUAUUUAAUCUGUGAAACUAAAAUUCCUAAUGUCUGCUUGAGGAGUUUAUAUUUCAGUGUUACUGUUGACACUUAGAGAUGAACUGCCUGUACCUUUUUGGGGGGAGGGUGGGGACAUACAGAAAUAAGCACUGAAGAAACAACAGACCCAUUUUCUGAUAGAUAAUGGCUUCCUGCUGUUGUACAUCAUGUGUCCAACACGAGUAAGAGGAUUUUAGAAAAGAAGCUCCUGUUAAUGAAGAAAAUUAAGAUGCCAGAAAGAAAAUAUUUGGAAAAGUUACAGUGAUAACGUGUUUUUAACAAAAGCAAGUGCAAUUUUAUUCAUAACACUGUGUAAGAAAGAUUUUUCUAUUUUAAAUGCCAUUGACCUAUAGGUAAGAGCUGCAUAAAGCUAACACUUGCUGUUGUGGCACAUCUCAUUGCCGGCAAUGUGGUGAAUGCCUGGAAAAAUUAUUUGUCCCUACAUUCUGUGUGUUGCAUGGUUUAAAAAGGAAAAAAAAAUAACAAAAACAUCACCAAACCCACUCCUGCAGUGCUUAACAACUGCUUGACUACUCAUGUUAAGCAGGUACGGACUAGGCAUUGUAAGCAGAACUCUUCUGUCUGUGCACGUAACAUCUCCCACCAAGUCAGUACUCUUCUGUGAGAAGAUGGCAUUGCUUUCUAGAAGGGUGUAAGCAGUGCUCACCUUACUUGAAAGAGGCUUUAAUGGGAGUCCACAGUGCUGGGAUAGUUCUGUUCCCAGUGUCUGUUUAAAACUGCCUCCCAUGUAAGUGAUUUGAUGAUAGACUUUCACAUCCCAGUUGGUCCCUGUGGCCAAGAGGUACUCUGAGAUCACUGUGUUUCAAAGUUGCAGAUUUGUUUUCUAUGUAAGUGCUUUUUUGUUUUUCCUUUUCAAAUGAAAAAGAGCUUUUGGAGAAUGUUCUGGUUUUAUUCUAUGCUUGGCUGUAGAGGCUUUACUUGCAAUGACUUACUCAUGGAAACCCAUUGUGGACUGUAUGACAAAAGCUCUAGUUUGGGUUCAUAAUCUUUACCACUGAUAAUUACCAGGCAGCAGCAGCACAGCUGGACUUGGGGGGAGCUGAUGAGGCUGCUGCUGGAACGGCACAGGGACUCAGCUUUUCUGGUUCUUCACUCAUAGCGGUGUCAGCAGAAGUGAGCACGUGCCUGUACUUCAUUCAUUCCACUGUAAGGUCUGGUAGCUUAGUUCUCAUUCCAUCUUUAUCAGCAAUUUAUGCUGAAACACGACACUUUACAGUAGAGUAGCUGAGGCACAAGUGCAUAGUCUCUUCUGCUAGCUGUGCUGUGGGGCAGUAACCCCUCAGCAGAUGGGCAGAGAAAUAGAGCUGUGGCUAUAACACCUCAGUCUGACAGAGUUGCUGGAGCUCUUUUGCCAUCCCCGUUAGGCCAUGGGUAGAUUCUUGAAUUAGAAAACACUUAUAAUUUGCUAUGCUUAAUUGAUACAGAUAAAAAAAAGUUACCUCCAUGUCCUUUUGGGGAGAGGGAAUUUUGUGAAAUAAAGCUACACAAAACUCACUAUUUAAUGUUUUUCUAUUAUUUUUAUUCAGGUCCUGUUGUUUUGGGUUGUUCGGGGUUUUUUCCCUACUGGAAACACAAAAGUUUGUAUGUACUAUUUAAUAAAAGCUAGGCAAACAGUA